GUCAAGGGGACAGAGAGCAGAGACACAGAGUCCAGAGAGACACUGCUGGCAGCCUGAAUUCUCCCGUUCACCCGGUUUCGGCGCUGCGGAGGCUCUUUUUAAUCUGGAGCGCUGUUCUCGUGAAGUACACGCGAUCCAGGAGCCGAUCCUUUACAUUUAGUUGUCUCGUCUGUGUGAAGAGGACGAUGCCUUUGAGGACCGGACUUUUUCUCCUGAUGGUGCUGAACGCAUCUGCAUACGAACUGGAUCAGAACGAGUCCUAUUCGCCCCGGAGAGCCCGCUUCACUGCCAACAGCCCUUCAGAUGUGGCACGCUGUCUCAACAGUGCCCUCCAAGUGGGAUGUGGAGCGUUCGCCUGCCUUGAAAACUCCACAUGUGACACCGACGGCAUGCAUGACAUCUGCAAGUCCUUCCUAUACAGUGCUGCUAAAUUUGACACUCAGGGUAAGGCGUUUGUCAAAGAAAGCCUUAAGUGCAUUGCCAAUGGAAUCACCUCAAAAGUAUUCCCUACCAUCCGCCGCUGCUCCACCUUCCAAAGAAUGAUAUCGGAGGUUCAGGAGGAGUGCUACAGCAAGCUGGAUAUCUGCACGGUCGCCCGCUCCAAUCCUGACGCCAUCGGUGAGGUGGCACAGCUGCCCAGUCAUUUCCCCAACAGGUUCUAUGGGAGGCUGCUGCAGAGCCUGAUGGACUGCGACGAGGACACGGUAGACCGCGUCAGGGCCAGCAUGGUGUCGCAACUUGGCCCUGAGAUGACCAUGCUUAUUCAGCUGCUGCAGAACAAGCCCUGCCCAUCUACUGCUGUGGCUGCAGCUGCUGCCAUUCCGACCAGAGUUGAGGACCGUGGGAGUUGGCGCUGGUCCAUGGGUCCCCAUAUGUACAAAAUCCAGCCUAAUCUACGAAACAGAGACUCGGCCAGUCAUUUUGGAAAAAAACGUUCCGCAAGUGACAGCUCUUAACUCGAAUUGCAGAAAACAGUCCUCAGAAAACUCCACCAUUCCCUCUGGGUGCAACCAUCCAUCCCUCCGCUCAACUGGAAGCUACAGAAAAGCGCGCCUCUGGGGAAAACCCGCCCGUAGAGUUGAUAUCAGAUUGUUGCUAUAUUGUAAAUCCCACACUUCAGGCUUAAGAGACCCCGACCCUGCCAUCCAGCGACUGUUUCAAACACCUACAGUGGCAACUUCCUUUCCAUUCUUCCUCGCCUAAAUCCUUCACUAGAAGAAGAAGAAGAAAAAAAAAAAAGUCAACCAUUGUGGUUCACAUCUUCAGAGCACAAGUCUAUAUUUGAAAAGACAAUCUCAUAAUUCUAACAAUAUUUGGUCCAUAACUAAGUGAUGAAACUAGUCGAAUUGUGAGCAUGAGCUGUGGCCAUGAGUUCCAUGUUUAUUUUUCAAUACUAACAUAACACCUAAAUGUACUGUAAGCUAUUUAUCUGAGACAGCCAUAAUAGUGAGCCCUCUAUCUGGAGGUGUGAGGUCUGUAGGGGUUUCAUGGUAGCCUUUGAGAGGUUUCCUUAAACUGACCAAAAAACCUUCAAGCUGCCCUGAAUGCUAUGAAAGAAAAACCAAAAUAGUGUAAUGCUACAGCACUUAGACUAGUCUUUUCUCUGGUGAUGGCAGGUACAGCAGUGAUGUGGCGUUGGCUACAAUGUGUUUUUAAAUCAUCUUUGCACAUGGCCAAAUCUGUCUAUCAGGAAAAAAAAAUCAUUUUUUGCUUUCCUUGUAUACUUGUAACGCAUAAGACUGUUGAGCUCUGCAGUAUGUGGGAGCGCACGUAGUGGAAUCUGUGUCCAUGUUGAGUGUGAAGCAGUCAUGUAUGUGUGGUAGCUGAUUAGCACGUUUAUCUCUGAGGUGGAUCACACCACAUACACAUUUGCUUCCAGCUUAGGGAAUAAGAAUGACUAUUUAAAAAAAAAACAGCCUUGUUGGAAUGAUAUUUAUUUUCCUACUAUAUUAUUUAAAUGUUUAUUUUAAUGCAUUAUUGUAGUUUUAAUUAUAGAUCUAAACAGCAGUUCAGUCAUGGCUCUGAAGUAAACAUGAGCUCUAUGCCAAAAAAAAACAAAAAAAAAAAAACACAACUCGACCACUCUGUUGACGGACUCGGACUCGUGUCAUGACUCUGUGCUGGUCAUAGGGGAACAAAGUUGGUCAUUCGAGUCAGGUGAUCUGCUUUACGGGACCAUAACUACGACAGGAUAGUUUCGUUUUAUCACUUGGUUAAAAAGAAAUUGCAGCUGCUACAUGCACUGUUCUGUGCUGUGAGUAUGUGCACAUUUGGAAUAAAUUCCUAAGGAAUUAGCACUGUACAGCAAACACCAGCAUUGGGUUCUAUCAUAGGGAAGUCUCAGUCGCAAGCUAGCUAGCGUGUUUGUGAGUCAUUUUUCCAGAGCGAGAGUCAGAUACGUGAUUGUCAUUAUAGUGGAUCUUUGUUUCUUUGCAGCAUGUCAAAUCCUGACAGUAUUUAAAUGCUCUCUCUCUCUCUCUCUCUCUUUAUAUAUAUAUAUAUAUCUAUAU